AUGUACGAAAGCGUGGAUGUUGUGGGUUUUAGCCCCAGCCCGAGCAGCCCCAGUCCUGGUGGCUCUUUUCUGAGCAUGGACUACUACCACAGACCUCCAGGACUCGGUCCUGAGAAGGGACUCCUGUCCGGUGUUGGAGGACUCCAGCGCCCUUUUGGGGGAUCCCUGGUGACCGGCAGGCACUGGAGCGGAUCCAGCCACUGUAAGUCCCGUUGAUAUUCAUGAUAGACUUGCACUUAUACACAAAACAACAAGCGAGUAUGCUACAAUUAAACAUGACAAAUAUUUCAGUGUUGCUGUUGAGAUUUUUUGUCGCAUUUUCCAAAGCAAUACCAAGUUGAAUUUUGGAUGGCAAUAUCAACAUGGGCUAAAAUUAAUUGUGAGGUAAAGGUGUGUUAGAGUAAUCCAAGAAUGAGGCUACUGCCUGCUUUGAACAGCUUGUUCAAGUAGUCACAGGAGACCUUCAUGAGAUAUACUCAAAUUGUGACAUAAGUGAUCACUUGGCUCCUCAAGUGAGCGUUAAAACAUGUCUUACAAAGAUUUUUUUUGUCGUUUUCCAAACUUUGCAGUUCAGAUUUGGGGUAUAAAUUUAUUUAGCCUAUAAUAAAAAAAAAACAUAAAUGAACCCAAGGAACAUAACCUUGUAGCAUGGCAACAGUGAAGGAGGGUUAACAAAGGCUUAAACGUGCCUUAAAGCUUGUGUGAGGAGUUUUUUUACAUUUAUGAAAUAGACAAAAAUGUAUUUUGAUGAAGACCAUUAGUAACAAGAUUAGCACUUCUUACAUGGUGUUUUUAAUGCCUCAAACUCUUGUGAAGAGGUGAGUGUCAACCAACCAACUUAAGAAACCUUUAGCUAAUCUUUGUUUACUAUUUCAGCACCAAUAUUCAGAGUACAUUAUACCUAUGUCUGUCAGAAAACAGCUGAAUGAGAUUUCUUGCCUUGAGACACUACUGAGGUAUGGGUUAAGGACAAAUAAGCAAUAACUUUUUUUUAAGCAGGGGUAACCAAAAUUGACACAAACUCAAAGUUUUCUACAGGAGCUUUGAAGAGACAGUAGCUGAAAUCAAGCACUAGGGACAGAGGUUCAAGUCAGGGUUUGCAAAGACACCUUUGAGGUUAGUAAAGAAUUGUUGAGCUGUAAAUUAGUUUAGGCUACUCCAAAGCUAACAGAAGGCUAAAUAUGCAGCCUGAAAACAAACAUUAACCCCCCCCCUUGAUUUGUUGAAAAAUGUCAAACGUGUGCUGCGGGUACAAUCAUUGCUCUUUCUUUGAUAUUUGUUGUCAGCUUGAGGGAUGAAUGGAAGAUCUGACUGUUUGCAACUGGGACACAUACAGCCCCCUUGCUCAAGUAUCAAGUGCCUCCUGGCACUUCAUUUAGCCUUGUAGUGUUUUUGAUGACAUUCACUUGUACUCAGCAACCUGAGGAUAUUUUCUUUCUUACUUACAGCACUUGGAAGCUGUGAUAUUGCUGCUGAUGGUAUCCACAACAUUAAAACCAUCACAAAAAGGCAUCUUAUGUGCACAUGAUGUUUGACCUCUCUGUGCAAAUUUGACAAAGAAUAAUUAUAAAAGGAACCUGACUUUGGAACAAACUGAUACAAAAGGGAUUCAUAUUGAGGUUUCAUGUUUGUUGCUUGUGAUCACUAAUAGGGACGCAUGCAAGGAUGUAUGAAUGUAUGAAUGAAGUCUGGAUAAUAACCAAAGUUUCACAAUUAGGCCUAAUGCAUUUAUUAUGCAUUCCUUAAUUUCAGAAUAAUACUUAUCCAUUAAAUUACAUGAGAAUUCUUGAGAUAUUUACGGGUCAAUUAUUGUGACUGUUAGCACAGAAGGUAAACGUACUUUCUGGUACAGUAUUUUCUCUUUAUAUUUGAUUACCCAACAAGUGAAUGCUCUAUUAAGUAACUGGCCACCAACGUAUCAUGACUUUAGUGUAGUGAGUUUGAUGUGUUGAUGUGUUUGACCCUUCGGCCCCAUCUUUAUGUGGCAUGUUGGCAGACAGAUGAUUUUUUUAAUCUUGAAUAACUCUUUGGUCAUACUUGGUAGACUCAGUGCCCCUACACCGUUCUUUGGCGCAUACAAGACUUUGCUGCUUGGUCCCUCUGCUUUAGUAAAGCUAACAUAGCAUUGUCUACUGUAACCUCUUUGGCACAAUAAGCUGGUGCAACACAGGUGUCACUUUGUCGAUGUCCGAUUCAGGUUGCUCUUGAGGAGUCCUUUGAAUUUGAGGAAGUAAAACCUUCUUGAUUUUAUAAAUUUAGCUUGAGGACAACUAUUCAAGAAGUUUAACAUCCUUUUUCAUUGAAUCUGACAUAUUUUAGAGCUUUAUUUACUGCUGUGAUUUACACAGGAAAGCCUGAAUGGUUUGUGGAAGAGCAGUAAGAACUUGGCACUCUGCUCCUAAGGUCAGGAGGGUUAAAUUUGGUAAAUGAGUGCAGGCAGUUGAUGACCUACUGAGCCCUUUUAGUCACAUAAUACACAGCGUAACACACCAACAUGGGCAAGAGCUCUAAUUCCCCUAAUAACACUGCUUCAAAUGUGGGCCCAUUAUACAACAGUUUGUUCUGAACAAGUAAUCUGAUUGGACAAGAAGCUUUCCAUGAACACUCAUGAAGAGUGUAACAGCUCUGAGACUUCAAACUUUGCCUGUCUCUGAACCACCAGGAUUAAAACAGAAGCCUAGGCAGACAUACUAAAGACUACAGUUCCUCAAUGUUAACAUGCCCAACUUUACAGCAGAAUUAAAAGUAACAGGCUGCAGAACUAGUUGUGAUUGAAAAAUUCACUUAAAAUAUAUUAUAAAAUCAGGAAUAGAAAUAGUGGGAGGAAGCAAGAAGUGGUAUAAAAUUAUGACUGAGGGUUGUGAUGGAGAAAUCUACUAAAUCGACAAUGAUGCAUGAAGUAAGCACUUGGCAGGGUCUGAAAUUAUCCUUCUGACCCACCAGUAUAGUUUGCAGGUAGAUGAUAAACUUUACCUGCAGAGCUUUUUCUCACUGGCCAAAAUAAUGAAAAUGAAUUAUUAGAUAAUCAAUUGAGUUUUGUGAUACACUGUUGUUAUUAUAGGAUUAAUUUAAAUACUGACAUGUUAAAUAACUGAAAAUGUGGGUGAAGCAAAAUUAUCGUGUUUGAUCCAUUGUUGAUUAAUCAAACACAGUUUAUUUAAAGUCUUGAACCAGACAUAAAAGUGGUUGCAUAUGGGCAACUAUGAUACACAGUUUUUAAUAAUACUACUUUCCUGUACAAGCACUUUUCCUGCACAUAGCCCUCUGAAAUCCACUGGCCUUGUGGAAAAUCUACCCACAUUGGUGCUUGGUGGGUGUUAAUUCCAGGCCCUGACUUUGCAUAUCAGGGUAUGGGAUACAAUAGCGUUUAAGGACUCAUGAAUGUGAAAGAAAAUGACUGAGAGUGAAAGGGCAGAAAAUCUUAGUUUUGCGCUGUAUUGAGUAACUUAACUGUUAGUGGAAUUGUUAAGUUAAACGUGAAUAAUAAAUGCUGAUUAUAUAAAGAAGACUUGUUGUGAGGGUCCUGCUCACCCUGUCAGGGUUACAGUCUGUCAUAACAACUCACUCUCUGUACACUGUGAGUCACUUACUGUUUGCGUUUUUUUACAGGCUACUCGUACAAUUGUAUUAUGAAAGCAAUGAGACUCCGAUGACCAUGUUGUUCUGUUGAGUAUCAGCUCAGCUGUGAUUAAAUUCAGUGCCUGACCCGAUGACCAUAUCAGGACCAUCCAGCACAACAACACCCCAUCUCAUGAGAUGUUACUUAACCAUAUUACCGUGUUUUCAUUACAUGUAAUUGCAUUAUCAAGGGAUUAUGAGAUGUACUUUAUCAAAAAAAGCUACAACAAAGUUAGUAGUCUUAUAGUAGUAACAGUUCUAUGGUCUGUGAUCGUCAAAAACCCACAGAGCAUAUUUUUCAGUAAGUGUGGCACCUUCCCACUCAUUCUGACAGAACACACUUGGUGUUUGAGGCAGUCCUGAUGAAUAGUGGCAUGACGCGGUGAAGGCGCUUUGUGGCAGUUAAUCUCAUCUUUGCUCAGUUAUAAAUCCAGAAACAUAAACAUCCUUCAAAGGUACUGGCAAAUAGCAUUUUGUGGUUAUAAAAUUUAAGAUGUAUUCAAUAAUAGUGACAGAAAAUCAAUAAGGUAUCACAGAGAUUUGCACAACCAGGAUUACACAACUCAAUUCAGUUUUUAACUUUUCUAGUUAUUUCCGGUGAUCUCAUCAUCAUGUUUCAGUCUUUUUUUGCUCCACUAUCAUGUAUCACAUUUAAAAGAUGACACCUCAAAAAAAUAAUACGUCAGUCUUAGCCAAGGUGACAAAACUACACAUUUAACGACUAUGUUAAUGUGAAUUUGAGUUUCUGAUUACUGCAGUGCAUGGACAGACUGUUGUGUCAUCUAUUUUGUAAAACACAAACUAAAGCAUUUUGAAAUCAGAGUAAAAUGGGAUCACUUUGAUUCGUUGCAGGUUUAGCACAAUUAAAUACAAAGGAUACACAUUAUCACCUGCAUGUUAUCAGUAUUGGCAGAUUAAAAAUUAUAUAAUCUGUCCAUAUAAUCAUUGGCCAUAAAGAUGACACAUUAGUAGCACUGAGAUGAUGAAAGCUUGUGGGCUGUAUGUAAGUAUGAAGUGUAACAGGCAGCAGGCACAUAUCUGAAUGUCUGAACCAGUCUAUCUCUAUUAUAUACCAAAACUGCAUCGCAGACAUUGUGUAAUUAAUUUUCAGCAACAGAAUAAGAGUGACAGCAAAUAUUAAAUACAUCCUCUACUCUGACAAGUGUCAGCCUGUCACUGCAAGAUAUAUUUAAUUCUUCCAUUAUUGUGAGACAAAACUCAGUUUCUUUGUCUCUCUCCAAAGGGGAGACAUCCUCAUUGCUGCGGCCAUUUGACAGCUAGCUAAAGCUACAUCUGCGCAUAUAGUCAGGUCUGUCCGAAACAGCAGUUAGGCCCCCUACCACGGUUCUUCAAAACCAGGAUAAGAGAUAUGGGUACAGUGUUUAGAUUAGGGCCUGACCAAUAGGGAAUUUUUGGGGCCGAUGCCAACACCUUUUGUUAGGGAGGAAAAAAAACCCAAUUACCGAUUAAUCGGCUGAUUUUUAAAAUUCUUUAUGAAGUUUUAAAAUUUUGUAAUAUAUCAACAUAUUUACUUUUACUUUUACUGCUGCUUUUGAGCCUUUCAUGCACUUCUCAGUAACAUUACCUACAGUAAUAUUUCACAUAUUUAUCAUGAAUCAAACUCAGACCAGAAAAGGGUUUUCAACUAGUUCAGAUGCACAAAACAUGAGAUACUUGAAAAGAAACAAUCAAAAACCAGGAUACCCUAAUCCAUGUAAAUGAAUCAGAACCCAAACCUAGCUGCAAUUCAAAGCGCAGAGAUUUUCCUGCUUUCAUUUAAGUUGCAUGCCAAACAUAUGCAUUAUCAUGAAGAAUGGUGCCAAUCCCAGCGUGCACUUGGAGAGAGGCAUGUGCACCUUGAGCAGGUCUUUGGUCUAUCACAAGACCAGCACACAAACACAUUUGACUGCAUGCUGUGAGCUGGUGUUGCCACCCUGCUCCAGUGUCACAUGCUGCAGACAGUCAGCCUCAGUCAGACAGUGACUGAAGUGUGAUGUCACUGUGACAUCGCCCUCGCACGACCGGGCUGAAGUCAUAAAGAGAGAGAGCGCAGGGUGGUGAGAAACAGAGGGACAGAAAGAUAAAUAGAAGUAAGAGGGAAGUGCUCGUAAAUUCAGGCUGUAAAGAUAGGACUGCCCCCAGUGUGUGUGUGUGUGUGCGUGUGUGUGUGUGUGUGUUCAUGCAUGCCUGGAAUGAACAAUCUAACAGGUUAAAGGUCAAAGGUUAUACUCCAACGCACAGGCAAGCACACAUUCAGUCUCUGCUUCAGCAGCAUGUACACAGUGGCUGGGGGAUUGUGCUUCUCUUUUUUGUUUGUGUGUGUGCGUUUGUGUGUGUUUGUGUGUGAGUGUGUUUGGGUGUGAUCCAGAGCAAUGACUCACUGACAAUUGGGAAGUGACCUACAUCCCUCCCUCUCUUUAUUUCUUCUUCUAUCUGCCUCUUUCUUUCCUGUGUCAGCUGCCCAGUCAUCAUUUCCCUGCACUGAAUGACCUCUCUCUCUGCCUAUUGGACGAACACACACACACACACAUUGAUGCACACACACACACACACACACACACACACACACACACACACACACACACACACACUCACUCUCCCUCACACUUUGUCUGGGAAUGUGAGGGUAUACUGACUAAGUUUGACCUGAGUGUGAGUGUGUGAAAAGGGGAGGAGGUGGAUGGUUGUGUGUCAGGGUUUGUAUCUGUAAGAUGUCUGUGUUUCUGAGGGGUUGUGUGACUAUUAGUGUGUGUGUUAGUGUGCGUAUGGGUUCACACGGCCAUCAGAUAAAUAUUAAAAGAGUGGCAGUGGAAAGCUUGUUAUUAAUUCAUUCCUUUUAGAAAGUCCUCUGGCAGGCGGGUCUUUGUAUGUUUUCCACCACACAGUGCUCAUGUCACAGUGAGCAUCUUUUAUAUUCAUUAGAGACACGACAAAGAGGAUAGAGAAAAUACUAACAAAGGAGGUUGAAAAUCUGUACACUUGAGAUUCUAAUCAAAUCAGUUCGAGAAAAAAGAAAAUUGGCACCUUUUAUAGGUCUUGAAGAAUGACUUGCAGGAUCUCUGACUGCUGUGGCUUAAAAGAAGUGUACAGACAACACAGUUGAGGAUGUGCUAUCAGCUCUUUCCCAUCCAGAUAUGAUACCUGCCUGGCCUGCCAAAAAAUAAUAGCUAACCACUUGCGCUUUUUUAAUUUUAAUCAAUAAACGUAGUGAUGUGCACAUGUAGAUGACUAAACAUUGUCACCCAUGCUAGUUUGUACCAGAAUUACUGGUUAGGAUUAAGCUGCACUCCAGUUGUACUCGGAAGUCGGAAUUUCCUCACCAAUCCUCGCGUGGAAGCUAACCUACAAGAAGAACUGAUGGCUGGUGGUACGAACUCUGCUUGUGUUAGCCUCACUUAAAGUUAUUUUGACUCUGAGAUUCCAUCUUUGGCCAAUCAACAAUUCUGACUGUUAGGCUCUUAUUUAACUUAUGCUGCAUUCGAGUUACCUCGGAAGUCAAAUGUUGGAGCUGAAAAUGAAAUCACACUCAAGUUACCAGCGUUUUAGUUACCAAGUCAGAAAAAAGCAAAAUCGGAGGCGGAAACAAGAUGGCUACAUCCAUCCAAACGCUGGUAACUUGGGUGUGAUUUCAUUUUCAGCUCCGACAUUUGACCUCCAAGGUAACUCAAACGCUGCAUUAGCUUUAAACAAGUUGGUCUGUUUUAGGGAGGAACUAAAACCUGGUUCUAUGAAGGAUCAGGUUCCAUGUUUUUCCAAACUUGGAAAUUAGAGUAUUUGAACUGAUCAAUGAUAGCUUGUGGCUCAUACAAGGUAGCAUAAUAUUACAAGCUGAGUCAAUUAGAUCAAACCACUGGUGCACAACCACAUAUUGAUUGCCUGACAACAUUUGAACAUAACAUAUUGUAAGGCAAAGGCAAUUGAACUACAUAAAGAGGAAUUUUGGUGCUUGCAAAGAUGGCUAAAGUAGGAUGAGCUUCAAAGGUUGGCUACAUUUUACCAAAGCUAAAGAUUAAGUGGAAGGCAAUUGAAGUUAGACUUGAUAACGGCAUCAGUAUCAAUACAAACAAAUCCUCAUCCUAAACACGGCAUGUUUUGAAGAUGCAGAGUUCCUCUUGAGCUUCGUUACCCCUGGUGUCAAAGUGUCCUGUCUAAUUAGGGUGUCCUCCAUCUGUGCAAUCAUGUGAUACAUUAUGUGUUUUGUCAUCAGUUAAUCACUUGGUAUUUGUCAAGCACUGAAGACGACUUCCCCCCUUCAGACAGAGCCACAAAACGCAUGUGUUUUCAGGAAUUAGAUGGAAAUGUGUGUGUUUUUGUGUCAACACAGGCAUAACAUCGCAGGUCAUGCAUGCAUGUAAACUGGUGGUAAAAGAUAUUUUUGUAUAACAGUAAAAAUGAACAUGAAUGAAGUUUGGGCUGUUGUGGCCUCGACAGAGGAUUGCAGAAAGCUUUGACCAAACUAAAGGUAGUGUACGAGAGUCAAUCUCUCCUUUGUCUUUUGUUAACUCCUUUAGAAGAGCUGGUUACAAAGGUAGUCCUCAUUUCAUUUGCUGCAAAUAAACUCCUAACAUUGCCCAAUCGAUAACGUCCUAUGCACUAAAAUCCUGUAACAGCGCUGGAACAGUCCGUUGUGAUAUUGGUGUCCCAGACUGUUAUUACACAUUGCAGUACGUGAUAGUUGAAGUAACACACAUUCACUCGGACAUGCAUGACACCCACUAAGAUGUUCCGCCUGCUAGCUCCGUCACUACACAUCGCCACUUUCUUCCCUCUAAUCUGCCUCUGUUUAUACCUCCGAGAGUCAGAGAAGGAACCACUUCGCCCCACCAUUACGCAUCCAUGCAGUGCACAUUGCAGAGGUGCAAAUAUCCCUCCUUGAAAUGGCAGAAUGUAGACACCCAGUGUAAAUACUUCAUUUCUUCCCAUUUUUCUGCUGGUCUUUAGCUUUCCUGUCCAACAAAGAGUAAAAAAGAUGAAAUAAUAACCUUGCCAAAAUGAAAUCAGCCCAUCUACUAGUCAUAAUCAACCAGCUGUGUUCUCCAGCAAAUCUCACCACAUUAACUUUGUUGAUGGCCAUAGUUUUCAUCUUUAGUCUGUCUUAAGUUAACACACUGGUGUAGGAUCCCAAAUUUGAGGGAAUAACAGGUAGAAAUGUAAUGCAAUAAAUUACAUGUACAGCCUUUAGUAACAUUUGAUACUUCCGAAAGAUUUCCUAUUAAAGGAUUACAUCACAGGUCAUGACACAGAUGCAUUUGUUCUUGCGAUAUUUCAUUGUAACAGCAAUCUAAUACCAAAAAACAUGUUUAAAACUUGACAAUUGCAAUUUCAACAAAAAGCUAAUGCAGAAUCAGACACUUUUGUAAGUAAAAACCUCCAAAAAAGCUAAAAGAGCAGGAACUGAUCAUUGUGGCUAAGCUGUUUGUCCUCAACAGUAAUGUGAAAGAGAUUUUUUAUUAUGUAGUGAACUAUCAAGGGGAGUGUUUCACUACGAUGAUUAGAGGCUGGUCUCUAAGCAGAUGGAGCACUCCCUCUAUUCAGGAAUUGUCUGCUGGCAUAAAUCCAGGACCGCCUGGGGAGACCACUGAACAUUAUUCUACAUCAGAUUUGAAAAACAGCUUAACCCGACACUGGCUAACAUUCAACUGAAGUGACCUGAGGAUGCAGUCUGGCCGCUCUGCCUGGCCGAGACCAUGCAGUGAACCUCAGGAUUACGGUGAAUGUAGAGAAGUAUUUUUCUGUUUACCUUGUUUUCGUAUGUAGGAACACAAGGGAAUGCUCUUAGGGUUGCGUGUCUUUUUCAUUACUCUGCUAAUAACAUAAAUCUGUCCUUCCUGUCCACCUUGGGAAGGCUUAGAUAGAAGAUCCAGACAGUGAUAAUAAGAGCGGCGUGGAGGAGGGGGUCUUUUACUGAAGAUCCAUACAACUGAAAUAGUGCUCCACAGCUUGCUGGUGACUGGUCUUACUGCUCAUAUUCAGUCAUGAUAUGCUCUGCCACAUCUCUACUUUCUAGCUGCUGACAACACUGUCAAACAAAGAGUCACACACAGUGAACAACAACAGAACAACUCAUAGAGUUACAAUCCUCCUCUACACCAACUGUUAAACAGAAUUCAGUAGAAUUAUUUUGUGUAAUAAAACACAGUAUAAAACAUGGUCAAUAUGCUUUUCAAUAGUCGGCACUCUGCCAUGUUGACUAUAUGAAUAGCCAAUGAAAAGGGUUCACUCUGAACCAAUCAUUUGCGGAAUUAGAACCAAGUCGCAAACAACUGCGUAGUAGCAGGCUGCAGCUACACGCAACCAUAGCACUUUAACAGUCUACCAUUCAGUCCGCUUUCACUAGCGCAACACCUUACGACAAAACGUAGAAGAGACACAGAGACCUCACAGAUAGCUUAUUGUAUUGCAAAAGACAUGCCACCAAUAAGCACUGUUAAAUUUCAUUUUUUUAAUCUCGUGAUAUAUAUAGAUAUGAACUGAUAUUAAAAAAUAUAUCGUGAUAAACUUUUUCCUAUAUCACCCAGCCCUACACAACACUGAGUUACAAGAGGAGUGGGGAAGACUGCUUUUGCAGGGUUUAUAGGGAGAAAUUCACAUUAAAACAACAAUGAAAACAAAUGCCUUUUCCCCAUCACUUAAGGGGUAUGACACAGACAUGCAUAAUCACUACAAAUAACACACAAAGUGAAAUGUUGUGACGGCCCCCUAACUCUACACACAGGGAAACAGGUAAAUAAUUAUUUUAACAGGAGUCUCUCUCUCUGUGCAGCAGGUUUUCAACGAUGUGCUGUCUUUGUCACUCCUAUGCACAAUCAUAUAAUAAUAGCAGGCAAUUUAUUUAAAUUUUUGAAUUAAAAACUUUGGUUUAAAGGGAUUGCUAAAUUAAUUUAGGGUCAAACACACCAUAACAUCGAGUUAGACACCCCCUAAGAGAUGAAUGUUGCAGACCGUUUGCUUCUCUAGUUAUACCAACUUUAGUAACGACCGCAGGAUAGCAAUACACAGCGGUCUGAGGAGCCAAACACAAACCUCAACCAAAACGCCACUCUAUAGCCACAAAUAAUGCUCAGAACAGCACCUAACUUCAUCAACAGUACAUAUAGGGUCCCAGCCACAGUACUAGCCAUCAAACAUCUUUUUAACUUUGCCUGAUUUAUUUAGCAAAGAGACUAAACACAACUCACCUACUCUCUUCCAGCAGCCACUUGUUUGCUCUGAGACCUCGGGCCAGUCCAUUACAGACUGCUGGGGGAUGACACAGCUCAAGGUUAGAUUCAUCAAUAAAUGUAAUCCCCAGAGUGGCCCAAGGUAGCAUCAAGGCGGCCUGUAAACUUGAGGUGCGCACUCCAUCUACAGGUUGCAAAUAUCAAAAGAGCAUAAGCGUCAUCAAAGAGCAAAGGAGCAGCCAUCACAUUCUUCAAUGACAGUUUUCACAACAAUGAAGCACGUGCUCUUUCUCUUGAUUUAGGUACCUGCUCUGUUUUUCUAAUGCUGUGUCAUUCACACCAAUAAUGCAGCCAAUGACAAACUCAGUCAACAACCAAACCCACUAACAAGCACAACUCUUGAGGAUUAAUCUGUUGUUUUUUUCUAAGGUAAUUUGAGGUUUUAAUACUCAGAGUUGAAUUAAUUUGUCCUCAAUUAAAACUUGUUUUAAUUUUUUUUUUGUCAACUAGUCAUGCUGUUUCUCUGUUAUAUGUGCAGAAAACGAUACCCUCGUCCGUUAUGAUACUUCACCAGACAUCUUCAUAUGGCCGACUUUCAGACAAGCCUCAGCCCUAAUCUCUCCUCCUCAUUUCUUUCUCUCCUUUUCUGUGUAAACAGAGCAGAGCAGCAGAGGGGAAUGAGUCUCCCCCAUGGAGGAAUGUCUGGUAUGGCUACUAAAGCAGGGGGAGGGGAGGGCUGAGCGUGUGUGUAUUGGUGUGGAAGUGUGUUAGGUUAGAGGUUAGAGGGGGCAGAGUGAGAGAUAGAGAGAGAAGCAGGGGAGUUGUGGAUGUUCCUGGUAUCUUAGAUUGAAUGAAUGGGGUGUUAAAACGCUUCAGAGUCAGGUCUGUGGAUAAAAGGGACUGAAUAUUAUUAAAUGGGCUCUGAUGUAAAAUUAGCAGCUAGAUGUUAUGUGUUUAUGUAGCACUAAGCUAGUAUAGGCCAGCUAACUCUUCUCCACUGUUAAAGUUAAAGGUACAGUUAUUAAAAAGAAUUAUAGCUCUCCUUACCUGAUUUUAUUUGAUCAGUAGGUUGUGAUUAUAUCAUUUCAUGGAUGUUUGAAUUCUUAUUAGGGAAUGCAUGUAGGUGAUAUAAGCUGUCAGGGGCUUAAAACUGCUGCUUAAUUCCCGUACAGACUCCAGCUGAGCAGGGAUAGAGAUGGCUGCAAAGGGAGAGAUUGCAAAAGAUGAAAUAUUUCCUGCAGCCAUAUGAUGAAUCACAACUUAAUUUUUUUAGCAAAAGUUUUGUAUAUGUAGUUCACGUUACUUCUACACCAAAGUACUCUCCCAGACACAACUUCAAAAUAAAAGUAUUGUGUAGAAACAAGAGGAAUCCUACCAAUGAAAAAAUAGAUCAGGCUUUUGCUUUGAAAAGCUUUUCCAGAGGUACAAUCACAAUAAUUUUUUCAUGGCUAAUACCAUACAUAGUUACAUCAGCUGUGUAUGCUAUUAGCUACGAAUAAUCUUAAGGUUCAUACUGUUCUUGUUAUUAAUGUUAUUCCCAGCUCCGACAUCUGACUUAUGAGGUAACUCCAACACAGCUUUAGUUCAUCUUUUUUGGUGUGUAUUUGGUUGAAAUCUGUGAAGAUCUUGGAAAAAAUCUUGCAAGACGUGAUGCUCAUGCUAUAUUGUGCUACAUGUGCAUCUAGAACCAAGCCAUUCCAAGGCUGUGAUGCCGACAAGAUCCUUCCUGUGUGAAAUGCCAUGGUAGGAUACAGUCUGCUGCGGAUACACAACCAAGAUCAAGGUUUACCAUACCAAACUGUCCUGAACUAAACCAGACCACUUGUUGGAAACACACCAGAGGCAGUACAGAGUCCGAAUGGUAUGCUUACCCAAACAGAAGGGUGCCAAUAAAGGAGGACGCCAUGGCUCUGUUAUCCUAACAUUGGUGGAUAAUGCAAAUAGUUGUGUACUCUAUCACACCAAACCAAACCUGCUACUUAGUGGAAACAACCAUGAAUGUUUCUGUAAUCGAGACCAGACUGAUAAGAUCACUGCCCAGAUUUUUCACAUCACAAAACCAACAAGUGAUGCAGAGAUUAGAGCUCAAAAUGGUGUUAAAGGCAUGGAUUAAAGUAGACAUGGAAUUUUUUAAAGCAGAUGAUGAAGUCAGGGUGUAGGAGGGAAUGCUCCCUGCUGGUUGUGACGCUGUCACACACUUCAUGUAGGUCAGGAGUGAUAACUGAGAGGGAGUACUUGCAUGAGUUAGACCGGGAAAAUCCUCCUUUUUAAUACGUCCACAAAAAAAGUCAGUAUUUCAAAGAAUUAGUGACAUCUUAGUCACCACGGUUACAUAAGUGUGACCAAUCCCUGUGCACUCUGUGCAACCCCAGUUUACCCAAUCACUUCAACUUUUGAUCUGACUUUCAAUCAUUAUGAACAUUUAAGGCUGAAUGGUAGAAACGUCUGCCAGUGCAGAUCUGAGAGUGUUUCUGCAGUGUGAUAGUUAAUCUCCUCUCCUGUUGUCACUGGUUUUAUAACAGCACAGGACUGUAAUCAUCACGUCACUCUAGGACUCUCCUCUUCUCACUAGAACCUUGUCAGUGUCAGGAUUCAGAUCACUUAUUUUUAAAACUCUUCAUGGUUUGACACCAUUGUAUUCGUCUCAGUUGCUGCACUGACGUGUUCCAGCUCAACAGGUCAACAGGCGAGAAUCUCUUGGAUACUCAGAGAUUCAGGCUCAAAACCAGAGGUGACAGCACUUUUGUAGUAGCCACUCUCUGCUCUUUCAUUGUAAUGUCAUUGCAGCAUAUCAACCAAGAAAAUAAGCAUUUGAAGUAGAAACUUAUUCACCUUUUCUGAUAAAGACAUCGCUUCUGGGGGAAAUGGCGAAAUUAUAGGGGUCUUUGGGGGAUGCAACCAGCUAGAAGGAUCCCAGGUGAUCAAACAUCUAAAGCAGACUAUUAGCUGUACUUGUAUGUCGGUGUCUCGUGUCCAUAAUUGCACUCAACUUCCAUAGCUCUUGAACACACAAGGCCAUUGCCUAGUGAAACUUUUCCAACCGCACAAACUGUACUUUUCUAAUACUCUAAUCUAAUCCUGCAUAUAGAUUCUUGUGUUUUUGUGCAGAAUCUUAAAAUAGAGAUAAGUUCGGGUGGCAACAAUCUUUAAAAAGCCCAUGAAAACCUGGAGGGGAUAAUAAGUGCAUUUUAAUCUUUCUCUGCAGCCAGACUUGAUGUAAAUCUCUACUGUUCCUCCCCCUGUUCCCUCUGUAGCUAUAGAGACGGAGAGCACGAGUUCAGGAGAGGACCUGCUCGUCCCCAGCCCCCCCUCACCUCCACCUCCACCUCGAGUCUACAAACCCUGCUUCGUAUGUCAGGACAAAUCUUCAGGAUACCACUAUGGGGUCAGCGCCUGUGAGGGCUGCAAGGUAGGGAGCUAAAUUUAUACAAAAACAACACACCCACGCUGAGCGUACGCUGCUUCACUAAGCAGCAGACAAAUGCGAGCUUACUUGGAACACCUGAAUGAGAAAGAGCUGCAGAGGGUAGAGCUCAUUUAGUGUUUGCAUAAUGUUUCAGCCGAGAGGUCACAACCUUUACACCUCCCCCAGGAUCAGUAAGCCUCUUUGCUUCAUUUAAUCCCACACACACACAUAAAUCUACACACACACAGAUCUCUGCAUGCAAUUAGUACACCGUCUGAUAUUUGUGUACGGGACAGUGCAGACCAUGACGCAGACAGACUCUCCAGGAAGGUCUGCUGCUUUUACUGCAGGUUCAAAGAACAGCUCCUGUGAAAGUUCUCUGUGCUGUGUCCACUGCUACCACCUUUUAAUAAUCCACAUUUCUUUGUCUUAAGGGUUUCUUUCGGAGGAGCAUCCAGAAGAAUAUGGUAUACACGUGUCAUCGAGACAAAGUCUGCAUCAUAAACAAGGUGACAAGGAACCGCUGUCAGUCCUGUCGCCUGCAGAAAUGCCUCGAUGUCGGCAUGUCGAAGGAGUGUGAGUAGAUUUCCCCCAAACACAAUCGAGCACAAAGGACACGGAGUAACUUAGUGAAAGCGGUUUACAGAGUAGGUUAAUGGCUUUUUAAUUUCUAGCAAUAAAGCAAAACAGAGCAGUCAGCUCAUUUUCUGCAGCAGGAGAAACUUCAUAAUUACUGCUUCUCAUUCGCAGCAUCGUAACAUUUUAAACCUUAAUAUCUGUCUCCCUCUAGUGGCUGUAUGAAGUUAAUACCUGCCAUAAAAACCCAACAUCAAAUCCCUUAUCACUAAACCCUUGGCUUUUUGGGAACUUACUGUUGUGUAACCAUAUUUUGGAGAAAAAUUAAAGAAUAUUGAAUCAAAUUGAUGCACCAGAGCCAAAAAAUGGUAGGCUGUAAUUUCUUUUCACUGUAACCUCUAACACUUUGCAAACACGCUGAAGCCCUUGGACAGAGUCACACCAUCACCAUGCUACUCUGCUUACACAUUGAAUCCUCAUGCACACACACAGCACAGUUCCACCUUGCCUUCCAGCUUUUAAACCCGACUUAAACUUUUGUGCCAAAUCAGCCAACACCCACUCUGUAGGUGCAGGUAGCCCUGUACUGCAGGGCUGUACGGAUGUGCACCUAUAUACAAUUUAAACUACCUUUGUAAAUAAUGCAAACUGCAAGCUUUGAGAUUGUUCUUCUGGGUAGUAACAUCCAUAACAUUUCUGGUAUCUGCCGUUUAUCCCGAUUGAGCAGCGGUACAUCUAAUUUCCUCUGACGUCAAUGAUUGCAGUCUGAUCAGUGCUGCUCAAGAUUUAUCAGCUCCAUCUCCAGCGUAACAUAUUCAGAUCCAGCCGUCAUAGAUUCCUGCGCACCAAGAGGCAGAGAAUGACUCGCAUUGCAAUUGCACAAACAACCGGCAUCUUAAUGGAGAAUUGCAGAGUGGCAAGGUCACUUAAAUGCACAAGCAGAGUGUUAAGCCAAGGCAUGAAGUCUCCACAUGAGUAUAAACAAGGCUUUACACAUUGCCAACACCCCCCCACCCCCCUCAUUACAAUGUUGUCUACGCAGAGGUGGGGCAGCUUCACUCCACCAUUACACCUCCAUGUGUUACACACUACAGACGAAGAGUCACAGGGGUGUAAAUAUCCCACUGAGAACAGAGAGUUCUUUGUUUGACUGCAGAGGAGAGACAAAUUCAUGCAGGCAAAUAAGAUGCGACUAAAACUGCUUUGUUUUCAGAUCUUUAUAUGAUCUUUACACAUUAAGUCAAGCAAUCAAAGGGAGACGGAUAUGAAGAUCCAAAGUGUGAGAUUCCUGUUAAAGAGAAGUUGUUUGUUUGUACUGUCUUGUUUUUUCAAGCUUGCAGAAUAGAAGUCAGAGACUUUCUGCUCAGACAUUUUUCAAGCUUGAAAAAACAAAAAGGUUAAAAAUGCAGAAUCCCAAAACUGGCAGUAAAUUAUUGCAAAAUUAUAAUUAUGAUCUUCUUUGAUUGGCUGUUAAUCUUCAGGAAAAGUAAGCAAAAUGAAAAGCAAAAAAAAAAAAAUGUAACCAAAUUGAGAUGGCUCAUUUUUUUUAUCAUUGGCAAUUUUGAACUAUUGUAGUCUUCUUCUACUAAAAAGCAGACAGUAGUUUUCCGCUGAGAAUAUGUACUUUUAUUUAAAGAAAAUGGUAAAAAAUAUUCACAAAGAGGGACUAAAACACUCAGGAGAAAAUUUAAAGAGUACCCUCUUUUUCUUGUAAGAUGUUAAAAGAUGAGUAUGAAUCUCUGCUGAAUGAGAUCUUCCUGUACUCAGUGGUGCGUAACGACAGAACAAAGAAGAAGAAGGAGGAGAAGAGGCAGCAGGGAGAGGUGGAGAUCUACGUCCUGUCAGCAGACACAGAGCAGAUGAUUGAACGAGUCCGCAGAGCCCAUCAGGACACGUUUCCCUCCCUCUGUCAGCUGGGGAAAUACACAACGGUACUCCACAAGCCCUGAUAUUCAAAUUUUAAAAAACAAACAAAUUAAAGUUUGUGAGCUUCAUGAAAAAAGUCUCAUAUUUUAUCCUCCGCCUGCAGAGUAACAGCUCGGAGCAUCGCGUCCCUCUGGAUGUGAGUCUGUGGGACAAGUUCAGCGAGCUGUCCACCAAAUGCAUCAUAAAGACGGUGGAGUUUGCCAAGCAGCUGCCGGGUUUCACCACGUUAUCCAUCGCUGAUCAGAUCACGCUGCUCAAAGCCGCCUGUCUCGACAUUCUGGUCAGUUCAUCACUUUAUUUGUCUUUGGUGUGAGACAUUUCAGUAUCAUCAGCAAAUCCUAUAUAUAAACAUGAUGUCAUUUCAAAUAAAAACAACUCAGACUUGUAAAUAUGAGGAAGUCAUGCUUUUCCAAUGAAAGCAGAAGCAAAGAAGCUUAAACUGCACAUUACUUAAAUGGAUUUUGAAUCGACAAGUUCUCAUGCGACCACAAGACAUCACCGAAAUCUGAACUCUUUCUGCGGCACACUUAUCUUAAAAACUUAAACUUCUCAAAUUGCAGAUCUUUCACAAGAAGAGUUCACUUCUCUUUUUGUCUAAACAUGCCUGAAGUUACACCUAGAAAUUCCCCCUAAUGUCCUCCUUAUCAAUUACAAAAUAUUUCCCUUUUUGUCUCCAGAUUCUCAGGAUCUGCACUCGCUACACUCCGGACCAGGACACCAUGACGUUCUCUGACGGUCUAACUCUAAACAGGACUCAGAUGCACAACGCUGGAUUUGGACCUCUGACUGAUCUGGUGUUCUCCUUUGCUAACCAGCUGCUCCCUCUGGAAAUGGAUGAUGCAGAGACAGGGUUACUUAGCGCCAUCUGCUUGCUCUGUGGAGGUACUGCAUUUUACUUCUUAGGACUCUAAACAGUGUACGGCUGAUAAAUUUCUCUAAGCUCUGAGCAUCAUGGUGUAUCUUGCGCUUUUGCAGACCGACAAGAUCUCGAGGAGUCCGAUAAGGUGGAGGUUCUUCAGGAGCCGAUCGUUGAAGCCUUGAAGGUUCGACAUUCAAUGAUUUUUCCAAAGGGUUCAUUUUUCAUGGCAGCGAAUUGUGUCAUUUAAACAGUUCAUCAAAACGUAUCGAAUUUGCCCUUGCACAGUUAAUCAGAUAACUAUGGUCAUCAAAUGAAUAUAACAAAGUCAAUGCAGUCAGCAGCCAACCAUCUAGCAAAUUCUGUUGUAAACUGCCUUGAUUUUGUUUCAUCUACCGGUAAUGUCUGCCGUCUGACAGUUUUCCAGAUUGAAAUGUGUGAUAGAAAAAUGCAAUGGCAUCAGGUUUUUUCAUAACAAUGGCAGAAGGAAGCAAGAAGACACUGGGGCAGCUUAAUAACGGUGUGCCAAAGGGGAAAAAAUGGUGCAAAACAGUUGUUUUUGCAUCACAGAUAUUCAAAUUAUCAAGUAAACACAAGAAAAAAGACAUUUCACUAGAUUUUGCUACAGCAGUGGAGUUGCAUCCAAUUGUAGGGAAAUCAGACAAGAGUGGAAUAAAUUUGAAUCUUUCUAUGAAACACUAAAUAACAUGUACUUUUCUCUGAUGUUAAUGCGCAGAUUUAUGUGAGGAGGAGGAGGCCUGAUAAACCAUGCAUGUUCCCUAAGAUACUGAUGAAGAUCACUGACCUCAGGAGCAUCAGUGUCAAAGGUGAGACGUGCACAGAGUAGACUGAUUACUUUCUGCUCACACUGAGUUGUUGAGUCAGAUCCUAUUGACUUAGUUGGCGUAAGUAGCACUUUAAUGCCUGAAACCACAAAUUUUAGCCAGAAAAUUCAGAAAUUUUUUGAAGCUGAAAUGUUCAUUUCAUUUAUUACUGAAAACCAAAAAAAAUAAAAUGUCCUCAAAAUUUAAAAAAUAUAUUUAUUUAUCUUGUUUGACACAUCAGAUGUUUUUGGAAACUGAUAAACUACAAGAGAACAUUUUUAUUAUUUAUUGGACUGUAUUCAGUUGUUUUUUUAGUAAUUUGUUGAUCAUACUGAUUUGAUUGAAGUAUAUAAAAGUAUCUAUCAAACAUGAUACAAAAGGCAUUAAAGGGUUAAAUUAUGAUGUAUAAUAUUUGGAGGCUGACCUCUGCAAACACAGCAGUGUCUUAAACCAGAGAUCGAACUAUGUGAACAUGAGAAGGAUGUCUUCUCGGUUCAGACUUUACCGAUAAGUUUAUGAUCUCUCCAUGAGUUGGUCGUCUUCUUUAACAGGGAAUUAUUUUCAUUUUGUAACUUGUCUUGAUGUUGAAACACUCGAUUAUGAUCCAGUGUUGUAAAAACUGCAUCGUAGUGAUAGUUUCACAUAUUUAUCCUCCUUGUGAGAUUGUGUUUUGAAAAUUAAAGGCUUGUUUUCUCACCUUAACUUCUUCCCUCUGUCUCCAGGCGCUGAGCGAGUCAUCACACUGAAGAUGGAGAUCCCCGGCUCCAUGCCUCCGCUCAUCCAGGAGAUGUUGGAGAACUCUGAGGGGCUGGAGGGCCAUGGAGCUGUGGGGAUGAAAGGAGGGGGAGGGGGGAAGAGUAAAGGGGGAGACAAAGAGAAGGAAGAAUCAGAGCCACCGUCAUCGCCGGAAUCAGUCCCCUCUGCAACCCAGAGCCCUGCACCCUGUUCGCCCUCUUCUCCCUCUGACUCCACCUGA